AUCACAGUGAGAACUAUGCAUAUAAUUGCAGCCGUCCUUUUCGUCCCUUGCAGCUAGUCGGAUUAGUUAAGUGCAUAUAAAUGUAUUCUAGGAGUAUUAAAUUAUACGAAAAAGACGACGAAAGAAAUCGUCAAAUGACUCUUGUUUCUUGUCUUCUUCCCAAACACUGUACGCAUUAAAAUCCCAGCAAGUUGCCACAUGUAUAUCUAUAUAGACAUAUAUGUAUCACAGUUUUGCCGCUGCCCCGCUUCCCUGUUAUCUUUCCUUUUUGACGAUGACGAUGAAGGCGCCGUCGCCGCCAUCGGGACGGCGUAUUAUUACAGCAAUCCUCUUUGUGUUGGCCAUUAGCUUCGGCGGGUUGGGUCUAAGAAGAGCUCAAGCACAGGGAAAUACUACCCUCCCUGUCACGGAUCCGUCUGAAGCAAGACUUAUAAACGCCAUUUUCUCACGAUGGGGAAUUUCGGCUGAUGGUCGAUGGAACAUCAGCGGUGAGCUGUGCACCGGAAGGGCUGUGGAUAACUCGACCUUGGAUUUUAGUCCCGGCAUCAAAUGUGACUGCUCCUACAACAGAAGAACCCUUUGUCACAUUAUUGCAUUGAGGGUUUAUUCCAUGUCGGAUUGGAAUUCAUCGGCCAACGUUGUUGGUCCUCUUCCUGAUGAGCUUUGGAAUUUAACCUACCUUACUAGCUUGAAUUUAGGCCAGAAUAAUUUGUCAGGUCCCCUGUCUCCUUCAGUCAGUAAUCUAACUCGUAUGCAAUAUUUGAGCCUUGGCCUUAAUGCAUUGUCGGGUGAGCUACCUGAGGAACUUGGCAAGCUAACUGAUCUAAGAUCAUUUGCUAUUAGUACAAAUAGUUUCUCAGGCCCUUUACCGUCUACUCUUGGAGAUUGCACAAGGCUACAAGAACUUUGGCUUGAUAGCUCAGGAAUUAGUGGCGAAAUACCUCCAACGUUUGCUAAACUACAAAACAUGCAGAUUUUGUUUGCUUCAGACAAUGCACUAACUGGCCAGAUACCUGACUUCAUCGGCACUUGGUCACAAUUAACUUCAUUGAGGAUGGAAGGAACCUCAUUACAGGGCCCUAUACCAGCAACUUUUUCUAAUCUUACUGCUUUGACUGAUUUGAGAAUUUCUGAUUUGUCUAAUGGGAGCUCUCCACUCAACUUCCUCAGAAAUAUGUCGUCUUUGGCAACUUUAGUUUUGAGGAACAACAACAUUUCUGGCUCCAUUUCUUCUGAUCUCAGUCAACUCCAAAUGCUGUCUUUACUGGAUUUGAGCUUCAACAAUUUCAGUGGCCAAAUUCCGGACACUCUUUUAUCUAUGAGCUCUCUCAAUUACCUGUUUCUUGGCAGCAACAGAUUGACAGGCUCUCUUCCAUUUCUGAAGUCUCCAAAUCUUCAGACUAUAGAUUUGUCAUACAACCAGUUAUCCGGGAGCUUUCCUCCUUGGACCAAUGAACUGACUCUUCAUCUCAAUUUGGUUGCCAACAAUUUCACUAUAGAAGGCUCUAACAGCAGUGUUCUUGCAUCAGGAUUGAAUUGCCUUCAACGAAACUUCCCAUGCAACCGCGGAAAGCCACAAUAUUCCAGCUUUGCAAUCAAAUGUGGCGGUCCACAAAUGAGAUCUGCUGUAAGGACUGUCUAUGAGGCCGACAACGAGACUCUUGGUCCAGCAGCAUAUUAUGUGACUAGAGAUCAGAGAUGGGCAGUCAGCAAUGUUGGCCUUCCUUCCGGUAACAACAAUGCAGAAUAUACAAUUAACAUUGCACAGCCUGUCCUGAAUACGAGGGAUCCAGAGCUGUUCCGUAAUGCUCGCCUUUCUGCUGGCUCGUUAAGAUACUAUGGUUUGGGCCUUCAGAAUGGAGGGUACAAUGUGAGCCUCCAAUUUGUCGAAACAAAAUUUGAAAACGAUCAAGUUUGGCAGAGUCUUGGAAGGCGUGUGUUCAAUAUAUACAUUCAGGGGAAUCUAGUUCUUAGAGAUUUCGACAUACGAAAAGAGGCUGGCGGGUCCUCAUUCAGAGCUGUGGUGAGGGAUUUUACCGCUCGAGUGACGGAAAACCACCUUGAGAUCCAUCUACUAUGGGCUGGAAAAGGGACAUGCUGUGUUCCUAAUCAAGGAACAUACGGACCAUCUAUUUCAGCAAUAAGUGUCACUGCUGGAGAUUUCAUUCCAAAUGUAACUAACAAUGCACCAAACGAACCUGGAAAUAAGAACAGAGCCGGGAUGAUUGCGGGGAUUGUCGUUUCUAUUGGAGUUGUAUCCCUUCUUUCAUUAUUUGCAAUCUAUUGUUUUAUUCAAAGAAGAAGAAAGCAGAAGAAUUAUGAAGAUGAGGAGUUCCUUGGCAUCGAAGCCCGGCCAUACACUUUUAGUUAUGCUGAACUUAAAGGUGCAACAGAUGACUUUAGUACUACUAACAAGCUUGGGGAGGGAGGAUUUGGACCUGUUUACAAGGGAAUACUUGAGGAUGGAAGAGCUGUUGCGGUGAAACAAUUGUCCGUAGCAUCCCAUCAAGGAAAGAGUCAGUUUGUUGCGGAGAUUGCUACCAUAUCUUCUGUGCAACACCGCAACCUUGUAAAAUUGUAUGGCUGCUGCAUCGAGGGAGAGAAACGGCUGCUUGUUUAUGAAUACCUCGAGAACAAGAGUCUCGAUCAAGCAUUGUUUGGAAGUAAAAAACUAUACCUCGACUGGCCAACGCGCUUCGACAUAUGCUUGGGAGUCGCAAGAGGUCUAGCUUACCUUCAUGAGGAAUCUCGUCUUCGAAUUGUACACAGAGAUGUAAAGGCUAGCAACAUUCUGCUCGACUCAAAACUCAAUCCUAAAAUCUCGGACUUCGGCUUGGCCAAAUUGUACGAUGACAAGAAAACACACAUAAGCACUCGCGUUGCGGGUACAAUUGGUUAUCUUGCUCCCGAAUACGCUAUGCGGGGGCACCUCACGGAGAAGGCUGAUGUGUUUGGAUUCGGAGUUUUAGCUUUCGAAAUUGUUGGUGGAAGGCCUAAUUUCGAUUCUACUCUUGAACAAAACAAAGCAUAUCUACUCGAAUGGGCCUGGCAUUGCCAUGAGAUUAAGCAGGAAAUGUUACUGGUGGAUGAAGAUUUAUCAAAGUUCGACGAGGAGGAGGCCGGCAGAGUGAUAAAGGUAGCGUUUUUGUGCAGCCAAACGUCCCCAUCCGCUCGACCAUCAAUGUCGCGUGUCGUGGCUAUGCUGUCCGGAGAUGCUGAGAUUCCCACGGUUGCAUCGAAGCCUGCCUACUUGACCGAAUGGGAUUUCAGUGAUAUAACCACAUCCUCAUUUACGACAACAGACACCAAUGACCAAACUUCACGAGCUGGUGAAAGUAGCAGCGGCGUUGCCUCGAUGGAGACUAUGAUGUCAAGAACACCACUGGGCCCUUCCCCGUCUCACAGUGCUGUCAAACCGAUACUUCAUGAAGAGAAAAGGACACAAAACUAUUAAUUUGGCUCGAAUCGAAUGGCGUCGAGCUGAAAAACAGGAGUACGGAAUUUCGACAAGGCAUUGGGUAAACCGAACAGCUGUUCGGCCACAGCAACUCAUGGUUCGUUGUCAAGAGGUCCCCAUUUUUGCUUCCAUCGCCAUUUUCAUACCACAUUGUAUCGACCUUAUUUUUUUCAUAACAAAAAAAGAAAAUUGAAAAUGAUCAUUUUAUGAAGGAUAGAACAAACAUGAAGUGUGAAAAUGAUGUAUGAGAACCAAUGCGUGUUGCAAAAUUUCCUAUUGAAAAAUUGAAUACAUAGAAAGAUUGUACGCCCUU